GUGUGUUCGUUGUAAGCAUUUUGGAUAAUAACCGCAAAAGUGUUCAUAAGAUUCAGUCAUUAAUUGAUAUUAUAUUUGAGUGUUUUGUGACCAAACAUAUGGACUAUAAGUUAGAGUCAUUUGUUUGAAAGCAAUCAUUUGUCACUUGCGAUCACCACAUGUCUGACGGCGAGAGUGAACCCAAAGGGACCCAUGAGGACGAAUCCACGGCUCCUGAACCUCCCGGUGCCGCAGACCUGACACUCCAUGAGCUGCAGUCAGAGGCCCGACAUUUGGCACAACUGGCCGUCACUUUUGAUACCAAUAAUGAUUUAGAGGCCGCUGUGUAUUACUAUAGGGAAACAUGGGAUGUACUGAACAAAUGCCUGUCCAUUACAGGCCAGUCAUCUCCCACUGCACCCGACAUGGAGGCCAAGCGCGUGGAGUACAUGACGAGAGCUCAGACACUAAUGGAUAGACUCAUGAAAAAUGAGUCAAAUCGCGGCAAUCAGUCCGUGAAUAGCGGGGAGACGUCCCAACUCUUGAGGGCCGAGUGUUUACUGCGGGAGGCCUUGGAUGAGGACCAGGAGGGCAACCGAGACGAGGCACUGGAGCUCUACACACAAGCCAUUGAGCUAUGUAUCGUCGAUAGGGCCGAAGCACUGAAACAGCCAACACAGAGCACAACACCAGGAGGUCAGCCGUCAAAACUAAGUGAGACAACGGGCGAUGACUUAAACGCCGACAUGAAUGAUAUGAAACUGAGCCCUUCGCGUACGACUACUGUUCCAGUCAACCAGACACCCAGUGGCCAGUCAUCAUCGCCACAGCAUGUAAUCAGCGGACAGUCGGCUUAUACACGGGAAGAGAUACAUGUUUUGCGCACCACUUCCCUCAUCAAUGGUAGAGAAUACGUACCGUUUCUGUCUGUGGACCUGAAGGAGCGCUUCUCAUACCCGAUACCAUUCGCCGAUAAGAACGGUCUAUUGGUGUUGGCGCCUAAACAGAAACGCCAGUUCCACGGAUGGGUCCGACUGGACGAGCUGUCGCCGGCACCGGCUGUCAUCGCUGAUGUGGUCGACUGUUUUGCCAUUAAGCAGACCAUUGUGUCUGACUGUUCAUUCGUGGCCUCCCUGGCCGUGUCAGCCCUCUAUGAGAAACGCGCCGGGAUGGGAGGCCAGUGUACAACCCGUGCGGCAAAUAUAUGA